AUGGCUAUGGAAACUGAUAUUACCGAUGGGCCAGCGGCUCCAGGUCCUAAGAGCAAACUCGAUGUGGCAUUAUUCUUAGCGGCAAGUAAAGGCUACGAUUCAAUUGUACAAUUACUUCUCUCGACUCCCGGCGUAGACCUUGACUGCAGAGACGAAGACGGCCGAAGUGCGUUAUCCUGGGCUGCGGAGGAGGGCCAUGAAAAGGUUGUGAAGCUUCUUCUCGACAAUGGCGUUGACCCCAACGCCAGGGACACGAAACUCGGCUACACGCCGCUAUCAUGGGCCGUGAAGAACGACCACGAGAAUGUGGUUGUGCCGCUGCUUGGAUGCGGGGGGGUCGAUACCAAUAUUGCAGAUUCAACUGGACAGACGCCGCUGUGCUUGGCAGUAGGGAAGGGAAAUCCAACGAUGGUGCUUCUUCUGCUAAAGGCGAAUGCCGAUCCGACCGUCAAGGACAUCAAUGGACGCACGCCACUGGUGUGGGCUGCCGAGAAGGGCCAAGAAGAGGUGCUUCUGUUGCUCAUUAGCUCGGGGAAAGUGGGUGUCAAUGACGCAGACGAUGCCGGGUGUACGCCCCUAUGGUGGGCCGCACGCAGUGGAAGCUUGGCCAUUGUGCGCCUGUUAGUUCGACAUGGGGCGGAUAUGAACGCGCAGCCAGCCGUCAGCGCAGAGGACGGUAUGAAAAAGCCGCAUGGCACGGCCCUAUACCAGGCGGGUCGAAAGGGACAUGUGGAUGUGGUGAAGUAUCUCAUCAAAAAGGGAGCUGAUAUUAAUGCACCAUCAGGGGAGAUGGGGCUGCCGCUGUUACUGGCACUGGUUAUGUAUGAUCGAAGCAAACACCGCAUGAAGAUGUUGCAGCUCUUACUGCAAAAAGGAGCUGAUGUUAAUGGGAAGGACAUUUUCGGGCACACGAGUCUCCAUGUCGCCGUGAAGGAGGGAGAUAUAGCACUGGCAACUGCAUUUCUAAAAAUGGGAGCCCAGGUGGAUGCUGCCGCCAAGGAUGGGACAACACCGUUGCACCUCGCUGUCAAGAUGGGAAACGACCGGAUCGUGGAACUUCUACUAGCUAACAGCGCCGACGUGGAGGCGCAGGACGAGUCGGGCGACACCCCACUCCAUCUGGCGGCGGCGGCAGGAGACCGGAAUCUGGUUGCGUUACUGCUAGACAGCGCAACCGACAUCAACGUGACGAACCACUCGGGGGAAACGCCGCUGCACAAAGCAGCGGAGCAUGGCCACCGCAAGAUAGUAGACUUUUUGACCCGCAAGGAAGCCGACGUCAAUGCGCCGGAUGAUUACGGCCAGACGCCAUUGCACAAGGCCGUGUGCUCCAAAAGCCAUGUGAUGCGGUUCCUGGUGAACAAGAACAGUGAUAUCUUCGCACGAGAUAUGUUUGGACAGACGGUGUUGCAUAUGGCUGCAGCUGCCGGGUUACGAAACGAUGUCCAUUUUUUGCUCGGCCAUGGGGCAGCCGCAGACGUCAAGGAUGAUAACGGACAGACGGCGCGAGACCUAGCUACCAAGGCAGGAGCCACGGAUGUCGAGCAGUUGCUGGAUGAGAUGACCCUGGUGUCGGCGGAGGCGCCGGCGGAGUGA